CCGGCUGCCAUGACAACAGAACACAAAUCCCUUCGUAGCUUCAAGCUAGCAGCUGAAUUCCUCCGUUUUUAAGCAACACUGACACAUGAAUUACGAGGUGAGCUGGCGUAUCUCCGGACGGCAGGAGUAAAGAUGUCUUCACCACAUCCUCCCAAAGGAGCGGCCAGCGCUACGGGUUCAGACGUUGCUGCCAAAUUACAAAAAGCAGAAAUGAGGAGGAGGAGGGAACAGCAGAGUCCAUACCAGGUGCCAAACAACAACACCGUUUCUGCGCUGAAUGCAGAGCAAACGGUGGGCCGGAGAGAGGAGAUGCGAAAAUUUCUGGCGCUGCCAAUUGAAGAAAAGGCAGCCCACGCUGCGAGAGCGCUGGCCAAGCUGAAGAAUGAGCUGGUGGGAGAGCUGGAGGAGGAGGAUGGGGAGGAGGAGAAAAACGAGAAGAAGAAAAGUCUGAGGCAAAUCAAGAGUAAAGCAGCUGUUCCUAAACAAACGGCGAGCACGCAUGGGCUGAAGAUGACCACGAUGAAAGGAGAAAAGAUCACCAAAGCAAGUAAACACGACCUGCUCUUCAUGGAACGGCAGCAAGCAGUCUUGGAGCUUUCUCUGAUGACUAAAAGGUCGGAGAUACAGAGGAUGGAGCGGGCCGCUGCCAAAGAGGAGAGAAAGCUGAAACAGCUGGAGAAGCUCAUCGAGAGAGACAACCACAGGUUUGAAGAGUUCCUCAGGGAGAACGAGAAGAAGUCAGUCGAAGCCAGAACGCUUUUCGAGCGGGAGGAAAAAGCCAGACAGGAGAAGAAUGCCGCAAUUAAGAAGCUGACCGCUGAGAUAGGGACCAUUCAGAGUGAACUGGACAAGUACGAAGACGCUCUGAUGGAAUACCAGAAAUACAGAGAGUUCCUGUUCAGGCUUUCUCCUCCAGAGUGGCAGGAGCAGCAGAAGACCAAGACUUUAAAGACCGACCCCUCGCCCGGGAAAGCUGGACAGGACGUCCAGAACGGGGAGCUUAUUGAGACGGGUUUGGAGAGGAAGCAGUCGGGCUCCGGCAGAAAGCUGCCCCCCGUCAGAGCGGCCAGGUUAUCCUCGGCUCAGAGUGACACGCUAGAGAAAACGUGCACACUGGAUUGUCACAGUUCAGAGGAUGAGCCAGAGCUUUACUUCACGGAUCCCCAGCAGCUUGUGGAUCUGAUGACGGAGCUGACGGAGCAGAACCUGUCUCUGAUCCAAAACUCUGCAAAGGUAGAAGGAGCGCUGCAGGAGCUGCGGCAGACUGUGGAGGCAGCCAGGAGGAAGAUAGACAAAGAGGAAGAGAAGGUAGCCCUGCAGAUGAAAGAGCUGGACCAGAAACUCUGCAAAGAGAAGGCGAGAGGCGCAAAGCUCGAACAGAUGGUUCAGCUUCAUGUUUGCCUCCGCUCAGAGGACCAAGACGUCAUGUUGGACGCCCUCGGUGAGAAGGUGGCAGAGGUUUAUGUCAGCUGCGUGGACGACAGGGCGACCAAUCUCAGCACCUUGGAGAAGGUGGCAAACAUCGAGAAGCGCAUCGCAUCGCUGCUGCAGAGCCUUGAAAGCAUGCCUGAAGAAAGACUGGCGAUGAUGAAGAAGAUCAAGGAAAGCGAGAAGAGGAGCAGAAUGCGCGAUGAAAAGCUGAUGGAGCAGAGGGAGAAACAGAAGGAACGGAUGAGGAGGUAUCUGGAGAGAUCCUUGGCUGACUCCAAGAAAAUAAGUGGAAAGAAGCUGAUGCCAAGACACAUGCCUGCUGUCAAGAGAGUCCAGCUCACCGACGUGGACAACAUGCCCGCUGAGGACGACCUCAGUGAAUACCUCUUUGGCUCUGAGGACACAGACUAACGGAAGCAGCAAAAAAAAAAAAAAAA